AUGACGCGUACAUCACCUGGGGCCAUGCCCGACCAAGCAGAGCGAGCACGACCUUCACUGUCCCACGAAUCCAGCAACGGACAUGCCAGCAACAGCGACUCGGACGGCGAUGAUGGCCUGCAGAUGGGUAGCAGUGCCCGACUUACUCGCGCCUCAAGCGGAUUGUCAUCACUUCCCUCCCACCUCAACGGCCCCAGCGAGGACGGAGAAGGCAAAGAGAAGAAGCACCGUAUGCGUCACGGCUGGGACACGCAGCUCGACACCCUCGAGCAGGCCAACUUGCUCAGUCAGAGCUUCUACAUGUACUACGAAGACAAACGCCAUGAGACGGGCGGCAACCCCCCGCAGAACUUCCAGAAGCAACCGGAGAUUGGCGACUGGCGGAUGAAGGAUCGGUUGAAGACCGUCUCGGCUGUGCUGGCGCUAUGCUUGAACGUGGGUGUCGAUCCGCCGGACGUCAUCAAGACAAACCCAUGUGCGAGGCUGGAAUGCUGGGUCGACCCCAUACCGCCGGAUAGCACGAAUCAAAGCUCCUCGAACAAUGCGAACGCGCAGAUUGGGAAGAACUUGCAGUCGCAGUAUGAGAAUCUCUCGCUUAGGACACGGUACAAGGUCAUCCUCGACCCCACAAUCGACGAGCUGAAGAGGUACACAUCGCAGCUACGGAAGAAUGCACACGCAGAGCGCAUCCUUUUCCACUACAACGGCCAUGGGGUGCCAAAGCCGACCGCGAGUGGGGAGGUGUGGUGCUUCAACCGGAGCUACACUCAAUACAUCCCAAUCAGCCUCUUCGAUCUACAAGACUGGGUGGGCGCGCCAGGCUUAUGGGUGUGGGACUGCAGCGCUGCUGGUGGUAUCAUCAACGGAUUCAUGGACGGCGUACAGAAGCAUUUGCAGCUUCAAGCAGAGGCUAUGAAGCGCAAUCCCAAUCCACAGCCGAUGCGAUGGGAAGACUGCAUUCACCUUGCAGCAUGUAAAGAGAACGAAGUCUUGCCCACAAACCCAGAUCUACCCGCCGACAUCUUCUCGUCCUGCCUCACAACACCGAUCAAGAUGGCCAUUCGCUUCUUCAUGCUGCAAAAUCCACUGUCAGCAACUUCGGGGAUCACUUUGGCUCAAGCGAGUGACAUCCCUGGCAAGGUGUCAGAACGAAGGACUCCCUUGGGUGAGCUCAACUGGAUCUUCACGGCCAUCACCGACACCAUCGCAUGGAAUUGCCUCGAGAAGUCUGUAUUCAAGAAGUUGUUCAGGCAAGACCUGAUGGUGGCGGCGCUCUUUCGCAACUUCCUACUCGCACAGCGAAUCAUGCGGAUAUACCAUUGCACACCGCAGUGCUACCCUGCCAUUCCGGACACCCACAACCAUCCUUUAUGGCAGAGUUGGGAUCUGGCUGUCGAGAUGAUCCUCGCUCAGCUACCCUCACUGAUCGAGCAGCAGGUUGAGUUUGACAAGACGCAAGAAGGGCAGCCACCGUCCAACAACCCCCCGCCUACACCUGAUUUUGCUUACAACCAUUCCGAUUUCUUCUCGGAUCAACUCUCCGCCUUCGAAGUCUACCUCUCCUCUGCUCCUCCGAGCUCCGCCUCCACCAUCAAGCAACCGAAGCCGCCAGAACAACUGCCCAUAGUUCUCCAGGUCCUACUUUCACAAGUCCACCGCCUGCGCGCCCUCAUUCUCCUCUCGAAGUUCCUCGAUCUCGGACCCUGGGCAGUCAGCCUCGCACUCAGCAUCGGCAUAUUCCCGUACGUGCUCAAGCUGCUACAAUCACAGGCAUUCGAGCUCAAGCCACCCAUGGUCUUCAUCUGGGCCCGCAUUCUUGCCGUGGACAAGACUUGCCAGGCGGAUCUGCUCAAAGAUAACGGCUUCAUGUAUUUCGCCAACAUCCUCGCUGCCACCAGCGGUAUUCCCGUCGGCAAUGCAGCAGAGCACCGAGCCAUGUGCGCGUUUGUGGUUGCUUCUUUCUGCAGGGACUUCAAGCCCGGCAAGCUUUCGGUGAUGAAGGAAGCGCCAGAAGUGAUCGAAAGCUGUCUCGCGCAUCUCAACGACCUCGAGAGUCCGCUGCUACGACAGUUCAGCUUACUGUGCCUUAGCAACCUAUGGAAGGACUUUCCCGAAGCGAAGAUGCAGGGCAUGAAACUCAACGCCCACCGCCGCAUCGGCGACCGCAGCCACGAUCCCGUCCCUGAAGUGCGAGCAGCGGCGCUCGAUGCUUUGGCGACACUGGUUGGAACGGGAAAGAUCGACCAAGAGGUUACGCUGAUCGAAGAGACGGUUGCGAGUGUGGUUUCGAGCAUGGGCAUGGAUGGCUCGAUCAUGGUUCGCAAGGAGCUAACUGUGUUCUACUCGGUCUUUAUCAAAAGGUAUGAACCCCGUUUCCUUGUCGCGGCGUGGGAGCAGUUGUUGGAAGAGCGGGAUAAGAAGGCUGGUAAAGAUGAGGACGUUGAGAACGAGGUUGCGAUUCUCCAGAUGGAUGGGGCGAACGAUGGGCCUGCUGGCUAUGAUGGCAUGGGAGGAUCAACGGGGAGGUUGGUAAACGGGCAUCGGCCUGCCCAUCAGCGGCAGGUAUCGUUCACGACCUCGGAGGCUGGCACGUCAGAGCACAGUUCUGUCACCAGACCUUCGAGGACGUUGUCGAAGAAGACAAUCUAUCGGGCUGUGUGGCGGCAGGUGCUGAGUCUUUCGACCGAUCCGCAUCCGGAGGUCGCCCGGAACGCUGGCGUACUUGUCGACUACGUGCUCAAUGCUCUGCUCGAGUCGCCGCUCGGCGCUUAUGCGAACGAGGUACUGGAUCAAGUCCUCAGCUCGGCAUCUCGGAAGCCAGACAUGACACUGCCGAAUAUGGAUGGACUGAGCAGGCAGCGCUCCCGCGACUACCGCCCACAAACGCCCCCUACGCCUUCUUCAACCAUGUCCAAAGCAGACGGUUAUUUCGGCGGACUCUCUCGCACAGCCAGCGUGGCCACCGCGAUGAAGAAUCUUGUCUGGUGGGGAGGUAAGACGCCCAACCAGGACACACCGCCUUCGCCGACGCGCUCGCAUCGAGGAUCCAUCACAGCAGAUCGGUCGUAUAGGUCACGCCCGCUAAGCCAAGAGGAUGCUGCGAUGAUGGCGCCGGAUGCUCUCGACAACAUCUCUGGGCCUGCACAUCAGCCACCUGCGAAAGUUCCGCCUUCGCCGUACUUCCGGGACAGGGAUAUGAUGCAAACGCCUCAGCUUCCUCUGCAGUCUCACAUCUUCGACUGGUCGCUAUCCUACUUCCGCGAACCGCAGAUGCGACCAUCGGAGGCAGACGAACCAGGCUCAAUCAGCUACAACGAGCGCCUUUGGCGCCGCAACCGCAACGACAAGAUCAUUGGGGGAACGCAGCCUCUUAAGGAGUCUGCUGGGUCUCAACGAUGGGACACGCCAUGCGGAUAUUUCGGCAUAGGAGCCGCGCCCGCGAAAAUGGUGUUCCAUCAGUUCGAGAACCACCUCAUCACCGCCGAUGACCGCGACAGCAUUGCCGUCUGGGACUGGAGCACUGUGCAGCAGCUGAACCGCUUCUCCAACUCCAACCCACCCGGGACCAGAAUCACCGAGCUGCGCUUCAUCAACGAAGACGACCAAGCGAUGAUCAUGACCGGCAGCAGUGACGGCAUCAUCCGCAUUUUCCGCAACUACGCCGACAAACAGACCAUCCACCUCGCCUCCUCUUUCCGCGCCCUCUCCGACCUCGUCGUCUCGGACAAGCAAUCCGCCGGCCUCGUCUUCGACUGGCAGCAAGGCCAAGGCCGCGUCCUGGUCGCAGGCGACGAGCGCGUCAUCCGCGUCUGGCACGCCGGCAGCGAACUCUGCAUCUCCGACAUCCCCGCCCGCAGCGGCAGCUGCAUCACUUCUCUCACCUCCGACCAAGUCGAAGGCCACAUCUUCGUCGCGGGCUUCGGAAACGGCAGCGUCCGCGUCUACGACCAGCGCUGCUCCCCUCGCGACAGCAUGGUCAAGACCUGGGCCGGCCACCACAAAUCCUGGAUCGUGGGCACGCACCUCCAGCGCGGCGGCCUGCGCGAGCUCAUCUCCGCCGAAAGCAACGGCGGCAUUCGCCUCUGGGACAUCCGCGCCAGCCACCCCGUCGCCUCGCUCCCGCCUAAGAAGGGGAGCACGGCGCGCUCGUUGCGCACGCUGUCCGUGCACGAACACGCGCCCGUCUUCGCCACGGGGGGCGCCGACCACACGAUCCGCGUGUACACGAUGGGCGGCGGGCUCAAAGAACUCAGCUCCGCGGAACCGUACAUGAGCUACCUGCGCAUGACGGGUUUCGCGGGCGCCGGGGGUUUUGGAAGCGGGCCUUUCGGCGGCGCGGGCAGGAAUGCGCCGAUUACCGCGACGGCUUUCCAUCCGCAUCGCAUGAUGUUGGCGUGUGGGGCGGUGAAUGAUGGGCAUGUGAAUUUGUUCCGGUGUGGGAGGAGUGGAGGUGGGGCGAAGGAGGGGAGGGGGUUGGUGGAGGUGUGGGCGGAGUGA